UGCAGCUAAUGUCACACACGGAUUAAAGAUGGCGCCCUCUCAUGCACUGAGGUGCUGCAAACGGGCUCUUAACUGGAUACCUGUCCUUUUUAUAAACCUGGUUGUUGGCUGGUCUUAUUACGCUUACGUGGUGGAGCUCUGUGUCUAUACAAUCCCAAAUAAUGCAGAACGAAUCAGCUAUUUGGUCAUCUUUCACAUUUUCUUCACCAUGUUUAUAUGGUCCUACUGGAAAACUAUCUGGUCCAAACCAGCCGGCCCCUCAACAGCAUUUGGUCUUCCCCGAGCAGAGAAGGAACUGUAUGAGCGAGAGGAGCGCGCCGAGAUGCAGCAGGAGAUCCUGAAGAAAGUGGCGAGGAAUUUACCUGUGUACACACGCACCGCAGGAGGAGCCAUCAGAUACUGUGACCACUGCCAGGUCGUCAAACCGGACCGCUGCCAUCACUGCUCAACCUGUGAGAUGUGUGUGCUGAAGAUGGACCAUCACUGCCCCUGGGUGAAUAACUGUGUCGGAUUCUCAAACUACAAGUAUUUUGUCUUGUUUCUGGCCUACGCCUCGCUCUACUGUGCGGUUAUUUGUGCGACAGUCAUCCAGUAUUUCCUCAAAUUCUGGACUAAAAAGCUGCCGGACACGCAUGCCAAAUUCCACAUCUUGUUUCUGUUCUUUGUGGCGGCCAUGUUCUUUAUCAGCAUCCUGUCACUUUUCAGUUACCAUCUGUGGCUUGUGGGGAAGAACAGGACGACUAUAGAGGCUUUCAGGGCUCCUGUCUUUACAAAUGGUCCGGACAAGAACGGGUUUUCUCUGGGCUUUCGAAGAAAUGGAGCCGAGGUGUUUGGAGACCAAGCAAAAUACUGGAUAUUUCCAGUUUUCUCAAGUCUAGGAGAUGGAAAUUCCUUUGUUACCAGAUUGGUACACAUUGAUCCUGAACGAGCUAACAGUGUUCUGCAGCAGAAUGGAAAAAGCCUGGUUGACGGGGAGACCAAACCCUCCGUGCUUGGCAACAACAUACAACACACGGCGGAUGACAACAAAGACAAAAUCAACGGAGGUCAGUUAGUCGCUGUGACGAUGGAGAGCGAUCCAUAGCAGGUCACCGGGAUCUCAGUGAAGAGCUCGUAAACGACGUAGCCUUAAACCAGGAGCAUCAGCAGCUGGACAGGAGCCGUCCUCCACCCUCAUUUUUAGUUUUCUGAGUGCAACCUAAUCAUAUUUGUUUUUACAUUAAAUGGAUCGUUUUUUUUAUCAAGUGUGCUUUAAACUAGCACCACAAAAACACAUCAGCGACUGUACUGCAACCUCUUAGACUGCACCAGUCUGAAGCAGAGGUGACUUUUGUCUUUGAUUUUAGCCAAAGACGUUCAAAUAAUGUCAAGGACUGCUUUUAUUCCUGGAGCCAAUGUGUAACUCCAUUGUCUGUGUCUGCCUACAUGGAAUAACCACCUUAAACAUUUCUACUACAGAAUCAUCCUUUGUCAGUAUUAAUCAAGCACUAAUAACUUUAACCAUGUUUAAAGUGGAGCAGCAGAAGCCCCUAAAGCCAACUCAAAAGAUAAUUCAUUCAAAAUCACAUUUCAACUCCGUCCACAGAGUGCGUUUGAUCAUUCUGAAGUCAAGCACAUUGCAGUUAUUAGUCAAUUAUCACAUUGUCUUAUGUAGUUCACAGUUUACAUGAUUAGAAUUAUUUCAAGGUCUUUCUGUUUACAUUUAAAAUAUUUUUAUUUUUUACAUCUUACAUUUUAUACUAUGGUUGAAAAUGAAACUGAUAAAAGCUUAAAAUGUAAGGACCAAAAUGCAGUUUAACUGCUUUUAGUUUCAAAUAUUAUUCCAUUUAUUUAAUUCUUAAAUGUAUAGAUCUUGUAUAAUGAAGUGUAAAAAUCAACGAGAUUGCCAUUAUGUGUAAUUUAAGUCUUUUUAAUUAUUUGUAUUGCCUCUUUGUUGAUUUGUUGUAAUAGCUUGUCUUAUUUAUUUGGUUGUAUUUUGUUUUUUUAAGUUAAAGAUGCUCAUGUUUGUCCUCUUUCAUAAUCCUUCUUUGCCAUUGUAUGUAUUUAUUUUUAAAUUAAACUAUGUGGAGUGUUAAUACCAAG